AAUCUUAAUUAUAAAUAUAUGCACAUGCAAACUCAGGGGUUGAUCCCAUUUGAGUCUUUAUUCUCCUCUUUCCAUUUACAAAAAGACUUGUAAGCCUCUCUCUCUUUCUUUGUCUCCCCUCUUUUUAGCUGUACAUACAUAUAUGGCGACAGACACAUCCUCUUUGAAACUCUUUGGCAUAAACCUUCUUGAAACAACCUCGGAUCCAGAUCAAACGCCCGAACCAAGAUCCGAACCUGAACCUGAAUCACGUAAGUACGAGUGUCAAUACUGUUGCAGGGAGUUUGCAAAUUCUCAAGCUCUUGGUGGUCACCAAAACGCUCACAAGAAAGAGCGUCAGCUUCUUAAACGUGCGCAGAUGCUAGCCGCUCGUGGUCUGCCACGUCACAACAACUAUCACCCUCACAUGAAUCCUCUUCUCUCCGCCUUCUCGCCACCGCAUAUGAUGCUCUCUCCUUCUUCAUCGACUUCUAAGUGGCUCUACGGUGAGCACAUGCACGUGUCGUCACAAAAAGCCGCUGGCCCCAUGUAUUUUUACGGUGGAUCCGAAAGAAGGGGAUUUUACGGCGGUGGGAUGGAGACUAUGGCGGGAGAAGUUAGGGCUCACGGUGGUUCUUUGCCGGAGAUGAGGAGGUUUACCGGAGAGAACGAUCGUAUUACCGAAGUCAAGUUAGAUAAUGGAAUCGGCCUUGACCUCCAUUUAAGUCUUGGGCCAUAAUUAAUUUUUAACGUGGCCCAAUUAAAAUCUGUAAUAUACUACUUCGGAUUUGAUUUUUAUAGAGUAAAUUUUCUGUGGUGAAUUUUUUUCCCCUUGCUUUACCAAAUCACAUGUUCUAUGUAUGCGUUUGCUUCACCUUUUUUAUUCAUCUUGUAAAAAUGAUAUAUGCAUGUCUUAUGUUCUGUCUCA